AUGGCCACCAGGUGGACAAAGGCACGGAAACGUUGGUCUCCAGAUAUUGCGAAAAAUUGUUACCCUAUGUACCACCAGCAGUUUGAGAUACUUGAUGAGGCAGAAGUCACAUGGAACCCGUGGACUCAGGACCAGCUAAAAAUGGUCUUUGAUGCUCGACACUUCACACCAGGCAUGUUGACCGAUAGUGCAUUCUGGCUGACUCGCUGCAACUUAUUGUUCCUGUGGCUAACAAAUAUGGGCAGGGGUUGGAGUUUAUACGAUUGGAGGGAAAAGAACAGUGAAUGGGUACACAAGUGGGAAAAUGAAGCGCUAGCAGAUAUAGUGCGUCAACUUAGACCGUACGAUGGAAGUACAGAUCAAGCGUACAAGCAGUGGUACUGCAUGAACACACGUGCUAGCCUGGCCAGUCAGCCAGCUACUAUACCAACACAUCUCACACAAGAGGAGCAGGCGCGGAGACAUGUUGAGCUGCAUGCAGCUUACUAUCGUGACCACCUGGACACACCUGAUGUUAAUUGGGGCGAUGAGAACACCCAACGCGGCGUCAACACAGGCCUCCGGGGAGCAUCACAUGAUCAUGGCGUCAACACAGGCCUCCGGGGAGCAUCACAUGAUCUUGGCGACACGGUUACGUCAUUAGUUACAGAGUUCUUCGGAGGGGACGUUAUUGGCCCAUCUUUUAUCCCCCCGGAGUCACAACCAUACGCCUACAAUUAUGCUUCAGGUUCGCAACAAGGAUUCGCGACUCCACCACCUACGCAGGACUCGCAGACACAUGAGGCCGAAUUGGAGUACGGCCGCGGUCUUCGUGUGCCCCGGCCACCUAAUCGCUUGUCGCCUUCCGGUCGUAAGGAAAGGCCAGGUGGUCGUCGUUAA